CGCUGAAGCAAGAGGUGGUUUUGCGUGAGUUCCGUAUUUCGCGCGCUGUUUUGUACGUGAUUUGUGGUUAGUGUGAUUUUAUGUGAGUGAUCUGUGGAUUAUAAUUGACUCGGCGGACUUGAGUCUCAAGGAUUAAUAUUUUCAUUUUCGCACUGGAUGAUACAUUAACUGGUAUCCGUGUGGAUUGCUUGUUUUUUUUUAUAGAUAAUGAUGUAUUUGAAAGAAAUCUGGAAAACCUCAUCUAGAAUCAACGCUUCUUUCAUAGAAUAAAUGAAAAUCGACAUUUCUUUAACUGAGCAUCUUUCCGUGUGAGCCUUGAUUAAAAUAUUUCAUCACUUGUGGCAAUGGAACUCUACCAAUCCAAAACCAACACCAUAUACCAAUCUUUCCAGAACGGCAAUGUGAAAACUUGCCAAGAGAAACCCGAGCAGAUAUAUUGCGAUCCAGAGAUAGUGAGGAAGAACUCGAACAAUGAGAAACACGCCGUUAAGGUGAUCAUGGAAAAAUACGAUUCUCUGCGGUGUCUCAACACUCAGAUGGAUAAUCUGCAGAUUUCAUCGGAUUCCGGAGAUUCUAUCGCGAAAGUUUCUUUCGAUGACAGUAAUGGGCCAUCUGAUGACCUCAACGGAGAUUACGACGAGAACAAUAGCGUUUUCGAAAAUGGCGAACUUACCGAGCAGGACAUACUGCAGGUGGAAGUGUUCUUCAGAAGCCAUAAGACAUACGUUUCUGUGUGCCGUUGUUUGGCUAAUUUAUAUUUCUCUACGCCGGAUGGCAACGAGAAGAAGAACGAAUGGGAAUUAGCACGAACUGGCAUUCCAGUGAUUCUUCUGGACAAAGGUGAGACACGCGCCAGGAACAAAAGAAUGCUCCAGAUUGUGCUGGCUGAGAAGGGAUCUGGUUUUGUUUUGUGGAAGGAUGUUAUAGACAAUCUUUCGAACUAUAAAGCGGAGGAAAGUAGUACCUUCCACACUAUGUACUUAUCUAGUGAUCACAGAAAAAUGGCUGGACUGAGCUUCGAUUCCGCGGAGGCAGCUGAGAAAUUCCUGAAAGAAAUCGAACAAUUGACGUCAGAUCCACUUAACAUCUGUCUUUCUGUACCAAAGCAAAAGAAGAAAGGUUUGAAACCUCUGAAAAAGAAAGAAAAGGUGAAGCAGCCGAGAAAAAGUGAAAUUUCGACUCCAUGUUGCUUCGAACAUGUAACUAGCGUUGCAUUAGAUGACAAGAAAAAACUAUUCUCUAUGGCAACUUUAGUGCCAUCUGGUGAGAGAGUCAGCUCUUAAACGUGCAAUGUUGUAUUCAAGAGACAUUUAUUUUGCAUGGACAGAAGAAAGAAAUCCCGUAGACUCGCAUCAGUCAGUGGAUAUACAAAUUCCACUAAAAAAAAAAAGAAGAUGGCUGCAUAAAGAUUAUUGUGUCAUCUUGUGCCAGUAGAAUGGAUUUUCUUUUACUAUUUGUCCAUUUACUAAAAUUCCAUUGAAAUAAGUCAUAAAUUAUCUUGUUAGUGUAGCUGAAUACUUUCCACUCUUAAAAAAAGUAGAUUUAAUGUAGUGGGAAAGUCAUAUUGUUGUGAAUCUCAUCUUUAUCAUUUCUUAAAUCAUGAAAUGUCUCCGAUUUAAUUAUAGUAUUCUGAGUGUUUGAACAAAAUCAUCUGAAAAUGCAUGAGCUGUUGAAGAUCAUCCAUUAAAAAAAAUUUUGAACAUUUAUUACUUAUUAAACAACAGUAUAAUCAACUUCAUGUAUUCACGCUUUACUUUAUUCUGGCAGUUGUAUUCAUUUGACUGAAAAAAAUGAUAUCACAUUAUUUAAAAGUGAAAUAAGCAUUAAUCACGAAUUAGAAAUUAUGUCUAUGUGUAAGUCCUGAAGAAUACUGUAUUCUGGGAUUUCAUGCUGAAUGGACGUUCUGAAAUUCACAAGUUUAUGCUCUACAAAAUGAAUGAAAUAAUGUGAAACAUUUGCUUACGGUGAUAAAAAGCAAAAUACCAUCAUGAUGAAUAUUUCAGAACAAAAGAACAUUUUAAAAAAAUCGUCUUAGUAGCAUAAAAGUAGGACAAUUCCUUCAUAGUCGAUCCACUCAUGUAUCGCAACAUCUGGUGCUAAAACUCAUAAUUCACAUUUGUUACUUCUGUUGAUAUUUAAAGGAAGAAAGGAAGAGGAAGUUUUUAAAUACUGAUCAUUCUAACGACAUUUUCCUCUAAGGGUUAAUUAGCACUUUCCUGUUGUACUUGUAGCUUUUGAACUAAAUACUCUAUAUGCAAAACAGUGUAUCAUUUUUGUUUCAAAUUUUGCUGACACCCUCAUUGUGUAUGAUCCUGCUUUGUGGCAAUCCCCUUCCCCCCCCCCUUUCCUCAUCUCUGAUUGGUAGCUAAAUAUUUAUGAUUAUUGCUAUCUAUUUAGUAUUGUGUUGCAAAAAAUAGCCAAACGAUUUAUACUUUUAAAUGAUUCUGCAGUAGAAAUCUAUUUAGAAUUCUUUUGCAAAAAAUUCCAAGCGAUUUAUAUUUUAAAAUCAUUUUGCAGUAGAAAUCUAUUUAGAAUUCUUUUGCAAAAAAUUCCAAGCGAUUUAUAUUUUUAAAUCAUUUUGCAGUAGAAAUCUAUUUAGAUCUGUAGUUGCAAAAAAUUCCAAACGAUUUAUACUUGUAAAUCAUUUUGCAGUAGAAAUCUAUUUAGAUCUGUUGUUGCAAAAUAUUCCAAACGAUUUAUACUUUAAGCUGAUUCUGCUGUAAAAAUGUUCAUUUUGUGAAAUUCUGCUUAAUUUCAUAAAUGUAUAAUGUAAGUCAGUUUUUUUUUGGGGGGGGGGGUCUUUACAAUUUUUUUCUCUUUGUCUUUCAAAGCAGUAAAAAUGUUGACAAUUCAACUUGCAGUGAUUUCAUAAUGAUUGAAAAAUGUUGACUAAAACAUCUAAAGGUUGAGAUGUAUGAAUUUUGAUUAUUAUGUCGAUUCUUACGUGUUUCGAAAUUAUAGAAUUUAUCCACGAUAGAUCUCUCUAUUUCAUGAAUUGGAUUAUUAUUUUCUUCUAUUUUCUGAUUAAAUAGCUUAAGAUAAUUUAUUACGUGCCUGUGCUUAAUUGUCAGUAGCGAGUUUGAUUUUCAAACUGGCAGAAUUAAAAAAAUAUUGUAAUUGUCAAAUAAAAUUAAACAGAAAAAAAAAAUUAGAACAGCUUUUCGUUUUCUUUUUUUAUAUAACUCUGAAUAAGUAAGUAAAUUGUUAGUAAUCUUUAUCAUCUUCAGUAUAAACAAAAAAACAAAAAACUUUUCUGUAAAUUUCUAUAUGAAACAACAUCAUUUGCAUAAUUUUAUGUAAUUAUUUCAAAGAUGGAGACAAGAACUACAUAUCCAAUUCAAUGCUCUGCUUUCUUUGAAUUAUAUUUUUUUAACUAAAAAUGUUUUAAUUAUAUGAAAUGAAAUUUCAUGUUUUGAUAGUUUAGAAAGGUAUAAUGAACAGAUAGUUUGUGCUGAUCUAACUUGAAGAAAAAAAUAUUUUCUUGUCGAUAAUUUGAUUGAUGUAUGUCUUCCAGAAUUAUUUCUUGUAAUGUAAUGGAUCAUUCUCUUAAAAUAAAAUUUUUUCUUUAGUUUCUCUAAAUGAUAUGAAACUAAUGAUAUUGAACAAUCUCUUAAAAACAGUGAAUAAUGUGUAUAAAUAAAUCACUUUAUUGAUUGUAGAUCAGUUUCCAGCAUAAACAAAAGUGAUACGAAUCAGUAUUGAUUGCUAGAAUUUCGAAAGGGGGGGGGGAAAUCGACCUCGCUGUUUCAGAUUGCUUUUUUUGCCGUGACUUCCGUAACCUAAAUAAAAAUGAUAAAUGCUUAUAAAAACCAGUUACCUGAAAGAAAGUUUAAAAUAAAUCACGAUUUUGUUUUUAUAUUCUGGACAAACACAUCUUUCAGAACACGUUCCUGGUCGGGGGGGGGGGUCUGAUCCUUGUGUUACAGAACAACAUACUCUAGUUAACUGAGUUUUUUUAAUUUCGAUCUGAAUAAUGAUACGAUAAAUAUUGGAAGUAGCAACAGAUGGUGUUACCUGAUAAAUCAAAAUAUUGAUCAUGCAUGUUGAUUUAUAUUUUAUGAAAAAAUGUUACCUUGAAUGAUGGCAGUUGCUUGAAUUAAACAACAUUACCCCUCCCCUUUAAUCGCUUUCUAUAUUAAAAUGUUCCAUUUGCAAGUCUUUUGAUUGAUUGAAGAAAUAUAAAUACUAGCUGCCAGAUUAUUAGAACAGGAACAUACUCUUUUAGUUACAAUAAUUUCUUUAAAAAAAUUUCCUUAUACUUACUUAAUGUACUAGUGAUAGUUAAAUAUUUCUGAAUUUUUCUCUGUCUGUAUGGGAUGAUAUUUUUGAGAGCUGCCAGUAUAAAACCUUUCUUGUGUCAGACAAUAUAGAAUCGGAUUAUGUACAAUUUUAUCCUAAGUGUUGUUUUCAUUUUGAAGCUUGAAUAAAACAACAUUACCCCUCCCCUUUAAUCGCUUUCUAUAUUAAAAUGUUCCAUUUUCAAGUCUUUUGAUUGAUUGAAGAAAUAUAAAUACUAGCUGCCAAAUUUUUAGAACAGGAACAUACUCUUUUAGUUACAAUAAUUUCUUUAAAAAAAUUUCCUUAUACUUACUUAAUGUACUAGUGAUAGUUGAAUAUUUCUGAAUUUUUCUCUGUCUGUAUGGGAUGAUAUUUUUGAGAGCUGCCAGUAUAAAACCUUUCAUGUGUCAGACAAUAUCGAAUUGGAUUAUGUACAAUUUUAUCCUAAGUGUUGUUUUCAUUUUGAAGCUUGAAUAAAACAACAUUACCCUUCCCCUUUAAUCGCUUUCUAUAUUAAAAUGUUCCAUUUUCAAGUCUUUUGAUUGAUUGAAGAAAUAUAAAUACUAGCUGCCAAAUUUUUAGAACAGGAACAUACUCUUUUAGUUACAAUAAUUUCUUUAAAAAAAUUUCCUUAUACUUACUUAAUGUACUAGUGAUAGUUGAAUAUUUCUGAAUUUUUCUCUGUCUGUAUGGGAUGAUAUUUUUGAGAGCUGCCAGUAUAAAACCUUUCUUGUGUCAGACAAUAUCGAAUCGGAUUAUGUACAAUUUUAUCCUAAGUAUUGUUUUCAUUUUGUUCUCAGCAUUCAUGUUGAGCAUACCUACUUUUGAGAAACUUUUCUUAUAAUUAAAGGAGAAUGUAGUGUAGUUUCUAAGACAAUUGACAAAAACAAGUUAUAUAUGGUGUAGUUUUGUUUACAGAAGCCCAGUGUGCUUCAUAGUUAAGAAAAAAAAAAAUGAAACUGCAUCAAAAUCUUUUUUGUAUUUGCAGUUGUAUACAUUCAUCGUAUUUCUGAAUUCUUUCUCCAAUUUUUAAGAAAUAAUUUAAUUUAUCUAUGGGAAAUACACUACUACCUGAACUUAAGUAUUACGCCUCCAAAUGAUGUAUACUGUUCUAUACUAAUAUGAUAUUGAUGAAAUAGAAAUAGCUAUAAAGAGGAAUGUGAUAUUUAUAUAAAAUCCUCCUUAGAGGGAAUGUGUGCUAUAUUAGAAUUACGAAUAGCUGUUAUGCAAAAUGCUAAAUUAAGCUUCUUGGGAUUGAAUCUUUAUAUUGUUUAUUUUUUGAAGCUAUCCUAUAUGAUGUAAAUAUACUUGAUAAUAAAUAAACUUGUACAGUAUUGAA